UUUAAAAGAGAUGCGAAUGAGAGUGCCAGCUUGAGCUCUUGUCGGCUUCUCUCUUUCUCUCCUCCCUUUUCUCGGUGGUCGGUUUCAUUUCUUCUUUGGAGGAGGAGAUUGAAGAAAAGAUCGGACCUUUGCGGCGAAGGGAAGGGGAGGAGAGGGAUGUCGACGCCGGCGAGGAAGCGGCUGAUGAGGGAUUUCAAGAGGUUGCAGCAGGAUCCGCCGGCGGGUAUCAGCGGAGCGCCGCAUGACAACAACAUCAUGUUCUGGAACGCCGUGAUCUUUGGGCCUGAUGAUACCCCGUGGGAUGGAGGUACGUUUAAACUGACAUUGCAGUUUAUGGAAGAUUAUCCUAAUAAGCCACCAAAUGUCCGGUUUGUUUCACGAAUGUUUCAUCCCAACAUAUAUGCCGAUGGAAGCAUUUGCCUAGAUAUUUUGCAAAACCAAUGGAGUCCUAUAUAUGAUGUUGCAGCAAUACUUACUUCUAUUCAGUCUCUCCUCUGUGACCCAAACCCGAACUCCCCUGCAAAUUCUGAGGCAGCUCGCAUAUUCAGUGAGAACAAGCGUGAAUACAAUCGCAGAGUUCGUGAGAUAGUAGAGCAGAGCUGGACCGCUGACUGAAGGCAAGAGCUGUUAUGAGCGAAUCGGCGGGAUCAGCUUGCCAUCUCUGUAACAACAUACCAUUAUGUGUUCUUGCUGCGUUGUUGUGGGACUUGCUCUUGAACUGUUGAUAUGCUAGAUUCAGCUGCACUGAGCCUUAUCAGCAGCUUUCUUGUUCCUUAUUUUCUUUAUAUAAACAUCAAUGAUGUAUAAUAUUCUGCUUCAUAUAAAGGGAUUGUAGCUGAUUUGCCGAGAUAAAUCUGUGACAGUGGGGAUCAAGGAAGAGCUUUUUGUUACUGAAAGCUCUCAUGACUGUUGUUUUAAGAUAGGCUCUGGUAAAUGUUAUGCAGGUGUUACUUUUUGC